ACGCGCAUCCAAAAGAUCUCGAGGUCAAAUAAAUUUCUCUGCACAAAAAACGCCCUCCCAGACCUCGAAACCCGACAAGCUUAUUGCUGAAAUUUACGGCGCAAAGACACUUAACGUCCUACCCAGAGGCAACGUCACCAUGGGUAUUAAGCAGCUCUUCUCGAUCAUCCGCGAUGAAGCCCCUCAGGCCAUCAAGGAGGGCGAGAUCAAAAACCAAUUCGGGCGGAAAGUGGCAAUUGAUGCCUCCAUGUCAAUCUACUCCUUCCUCAUCGCCGUCCGCUCAGAGGGCCAGCAACUGAUGAACGAGUCCGGAGAAACCACCUCCCAUCUCCUAGGCAUGUUCUACCGCACCCUCCGCAUCGUCGACAACGGAAUCAAACCCGUCUACGUCUUCGAUGGCGCACCACCAAAACUCAAGUCCGGCGAACUCGCCAAACGAUUCGCUCGCAAGGCAGAAGCGACCGAGGGACUCGAAGAGGCGAAGGAAACGGGGACAGCUGAGGAUGUGGAGAAGUUUUCUAGGCGCACGGUUAGGGUGUCUAGACAGCAUAAUGCGGAGUGCCAACAGCUCCUUAAGCUGAUGGGCAUCCCAUAUAUCAUUGCGCCAACUGAGGCAGAGGCGCAGUGUGCGGUGCUGGCGCGGGCUGGGAAGGUGUAUGCUGCUGCAAGUGAGGAUAUGGACACGCUGUGCUUUGACUCGCCGAUCCUCAUCCGCCAUCUUACUUUCAGCGAGGCGCGGAAGGAGCCUAUCCAAGAAAUCCACGUCGACAAGGUCCUCGAAGGUCUGGGCAUGGACCGCAAGCAGUUUGUCGAUCUCUGCAUCCUUCUUGGUUGCGAUUACCUCGAUCCCAUCCCCAAGAUCGGUCCCAACACGGCCCUCAAAAUGAUUCGUGAACACGGAUCCCUCGAGAAGGUUGUCGAGUGGAUAAACAACGAUGGUAAGAACAAAUAUACCAUCCCCGAAGACUGGCCGUACGCCGACGCGCGCGAGCUCUUCUUCAACCCCGACGUGCGGCCCGCAGACCACGCAGAGUGUGACUUCAAGUGGGAGCAGCCCGACGUCGAAGGGCUCAUCAAAUUCCUCGUCGUCGAAAACGCAUUUUCCGAAGAGAGAGUCCGUGGCGGGAUCGCGAAGCUCCAGAAGAACCUGAAGUCGAGCCAGCAGGCGAGACUAGAGGGUUUCUUCAAGCCGAUCCCUAAGACGGAGGCGGAGAUCAAGAACCUAAAGAGGAAGAAUGAGGAGAAAGCGGAGGAGAAGAGGAAGAAGGCGAAGGAGGAUAAGAAGUCUAGUAAGGCGAGUAAGGCGAAGCCGAAGAUGAACUCUUAGGCGGUUCGUCAAACACUUGUUGACGCGAGUCGAUGCCGGGAAGGGGGGGGGUGAUACAGGGUUUGGUAUUUGCAUUGCAUGGGAUGGCGGUUGGUAAAUGGUUUGCUUUUGGCGUUGGUGGCGAACGGGGGGGGUGGGUGUGGUAUAUUAACUAGGCUCUUUGAGUAGGAAGGCUUUAGGCUUCAUAUGAGCAUAUACUGCUAAAUGGAUGA